CUCAACUGUCACUGUCAGUUGUUAUCUAGCCUUAAAAUCUGCUCGUUUUUUGGGUUUUUUGAAUUAUCAUUCUUUUAAUGGAGUAUGUAAUAAUGUAAUAUAAAAACCAUAGACCAGUUUUUACAUUAAACUGGCAUAUUGUAGUAAUGUGAGAAUUGUUAUUUUAACGUGAAUGUACAAAAAUGCACUCCCAACCAAAGCCGAAAAACCCUUGGAAUAAAAAUAAUCCCAGACGUGAUGCAACUUCAAACCAAAGGAAAGGCGGUAACACCAGUAAUGACCCAACUCCAUCCGAGGAAAAGUUCAAAAAGGCACAGUCAAAACUCCAAGCAGCUGUUCAGAAACAUAUUGAGGACUUUGAAUCCUCCUCUGAGGAGGAUGAUGAUGUCCAAUCAGCUAACCUAAUAGAGAGCAUACUGAAAAAUUAUACUAGUUCUUAUGGAGAAAAUGACAACCUAGGAAGGACUCAAAAUUUUAUAGAGCAGGCCUUUACAACUGGAGCCUCUACAUGCUUGAUAUGCAUUUCAAGAGUGAAAAGGGAUGAUCAGAUAUGGAGUUGCAUAAGUUGUUUUGCUGCCUUCCACAUACUCUGCAUCCAAAGAUGGUCUAAGGACACUCUCAACCAGCAAAAACAGGCACUUGAAGAACAAACAGCACCUAAAGGAAGACCUCUGGCUUGGUGUUGCCCAAAAUGCAGACAAGAGUAUGAAGUGGAUCAAGUACCAAAAAACUAUUUGUGCUUCUGUGGAAAAAAGGGGAACCCCAAGUAUGAUCCAUAUCUGGUCCCUCACUCAUGUGGGGAGAUAUGUAGAAAAGACUUGGUUCCCAAGUGUGGGCAUAAGUGUCUUCUACUUUGUCAUCCAGGUCCUUGCCCACCAUGCCCUGCUACAGUCUCAGUAACUUGCUACUGCAACAGUGAACCGCCUCAAACUCGGCGUUGCAGUAACAGGGGCUGGUCGUGUGGAAAUAAAUGCGGAAAGUUACUGACCUGCAAAAAGCACUCCUGUUCAGAACCCUGUCAUCCAGGAGAAUGCAAGCCUUGUCCUAAAAAAAGCAUACAGAAAUGCAUCUGUAAAGCUGAACAAAAACUAAGGGAUUGUGCUGAACCUGUUUGGCAAUGCAACAAGGUAUGUGGGAAAUUGUUUAGCUGUGGGCACCACAGGUGCGAGAAGGUUUGUCAUGAAGGGCCAUGUUUUGAUUGUCCUUUAACUAACCUUAGAACUUGUCCUUGUGGAAAGCAAGAAUUUCAGCUACCUUGCACACAAGACACUCCCAGCUGUCAAGAUACAUGUGAUAAACCUUUAGACUGUGGCAUACAUAGGUGCAAUGAGAGGUGUCAUAAGGAUAAAUGUGGAUUGUGUCUGGAAACUGUGGUUAAAUCUUGUCGUUGUGGUUUGCAUUCCAAAGAAGUUCAGUGUUACAAACCAUACUUUUGUGAAACAAAAUGCAAAAGAAUGAGAGACUGUAACAAACAUCCUUGCAACAGAAAGUGCUGUGAUGGUAAUUGUCCUCCAUGUGAAAAGCCAUGUGGUCGUACUUUAAGCUGUGGUAACCACAAAUGUAACUCAGUUUGCCAUCGAGGACCUUGUUAUCCUUGUGCUCAAACUGACAUAGUGACAUGCAGAUGUGGAGCUACCAAAAUUCAAGUACCAUGCGGUAGAAAGCAUAAAACUAAACCGCCGGGGUGUAAUAAAACAUGCACGAUUCCCCCGGAUUGUCACCAUCCAAAAAGAGAGCACCAUCGCUGUCACUUCGGCGAGUGUCCUCCUUGUAAGCAAGUAUGUGAUAAGCUGCAUUCAGAUUGUGGCCACACUUGUCCUGCACUUUGUCAUUCUGACGUGUUGGUAAAAGAAGAAGCCCAAAAGGCUUCUAUGCCCUGGGAACAAACUAAACCGCAGAUAAAGAGGAUUGCAUUUCCUUGUCCAGAGUGCGUUGUGCCUGUUCCUGUCACGUGUUUGGGCGGACAUGAAACUGUUAACUGGCCUUGCCACCUAGCCAAACCUUCAAGCUGUCAAAGACCCUGUAGGAGAAUUUUAGGCUGCACAAAUCAUACGUGUAGUUUACCUUGUCAUACUGUUAUAGGAGCGCCUGAUGUAACUAAAGCUGGGGAAAACUGUGAGCAAUGCGAGAAUCCAUGCCUAAAAGACCGACCGGAAGGUUGUCAACAUGAGUGCCCUAAACCAUGCCAUCCCGGCGAUUGCAAGCCUUGUAAGCAGAUGAUACGAAUAAAAUGUAACUGUGGACUCAAUCAGUUGUAUGUCACUUGUGCUGAUUGGCUGGAUCCUGCUAAAAGAGAUCAGUUGCAGUGCUGCGGAAAUCAGUGUCCUAAAAAUUAUCCAUGUGGACAUAGAUGCAAAGCUGACUGCCAUCCUGGACCUUGUCCCAAUCCAGAGCAGUGUAAGAAAAAGGUGAAGGUAACAUGCAAAUGCAAAAGAAUAAAAAAGGACUUUUCCUGUGAACUUGUACGCACCAACCAAGCGGUUAAAUGUGAUGAUAUCUGCAAACAGAAGAAGGAAGAGGAAAGACUCAAACGUGAGGCAAUUGAGCAGCAGAAAAAAAUGGAAGAUGAGGAGAAGAAUAAAAAAGAACUAGAAAAAUAUAAGAAGAUGUUUGAAGGCAAGAAGAAGAGUAAAGUGAAGGAAGUACAAGAAGAAACAGAAACUACUGGGUUUUUCAAUAAAUACAAAGUGAUUGUUUCUUCAUGUGUGAUUGUUGUUGUUGCAAUUUGUUAUUUGACCUUCCACUGAUUAUAAGUGGAGCAAUAUGUGAUUGUUUUGGGAAUUCAAGUUAUUUCUAUGUUUCUAGACAAAUAUUUGGUAUGAUUUGAAUGUUAUGGUAAUUGAUGCACUGGUAAUACAGUUUUAGUAAUACACCUUUAAAUAAAUAAUGUUUGUUUGAUUCAAAAAUACCUAAAAACUAAUAACAGUGAAGUCGUACCUAUAAUUAAAGACAUAGUUGUCAAAAAUAUGCCAAAUUGAUUUUUCCCAGUACUGAAAUCAAAACCGAACGGCGGCAGCCGCUUAAGCGUUGCAAUAGCUGUUGGUCGUUCGGCCAUAAAACUACGAACAAGUGCAGGAUUCGACAGGAUAGAACUCAGGCUCGGGAUAUCGCCGGAACGCCGACGCCGGCAGUUGCUGUUCAUAUUCG